AUGAGGAAAAAAGCGGCAAACGAGCAGGAGCUUCCCCUGAUGAGCGUACAACUAGAACUUAUUCGUUUGCGAAGAUCUUUUCACGUAUCUACAAAAUUAAAUCAAGCUAUGGGUAUUGAUGGUAAUAAUAUUUUGGCAGAAAGCUUGAAAAAGCAGGGUGUGGAAUAUGUGUUUGGUAUUGUUGGUAUACCGGUGAUUGAAACAUCACUAGCUUUUCAAGCUGCUGGACUAAAAUAUGUAGGAAUGCGCAAUGAACAGGCAGCCUGUUAUGCAGCACAAGCAAUUGGUUACCUUACAGGAAAACCAGGAGUUUGCUUGGCAGUAUCUGGGCCAGGUCUCCUUCAUUGCAUUGGAGGUAUGGCUAAUGCUCAAGUAAAUGGUUGGCCUUUACUCGUCAUAGCUGGCUCAUGCCCUGAAGACCAUGAAGGAAUUGGAGGUUUUCAAGAGUGGUUACAGGUGGAAUCUAGUCGAAUGUACAGCAAAUAUGCAGCAAGACCUCCAUCGCCGCGUUUAAUACCUCAACAUGUUGAAAAGGCUGUACGACUUGCAUCUGCAGGACGACCAGGUGUCUCCUAUCUUGAUAUGCCAGCAACCUUGCUUAUGGCUGAGGUAGAAGAGGAUAAAGUACCUUUAGAUUACUACAACGUUGGUGUCGCAAAUUUGCCAUAUCCUGAUCCUUCGCUAGUGGAUCAUGCAGCAGAUUUGCUGGCCAAAGCUGAGCGUCCUUUAGUUAUUGUUGGUAAAGGUGCAGCAUAUGGAAGAGCAGAAAAUGCUGUUCGAAAACUUGUAGAGGACACUAAAAUCCCCUUCCUGCCAACACCAAUGGGUAAAGGGGUAGUGCCUGACGAAUCACAACUGUGUGUAGCAUCAGCUAGAACUCAAGCGUUGCUUAAAGCCGAUGUGAUCCUUCUUCUGGGCGCCCGGCUCAACUGGAUGUUGCAUUUUGGUCAGCCACCGAGAUAUGCGCCAGACGUUAAAAUUAUACAAGUGGACAUUUCUCCUGAAGAGCUGAACAACUCUGUCAAGUCAGAAGUGGCUGUACAUUCUGAUAUUAAACCAUUUACAGAAGCUUUAACUCGAAAGUUAGCUGACAAAAAAUUCAGUUUAAUUCCUAAUAAAAACAACUGGUGGCAGGCAUUGCAAGAGAAACAGGAAAAAAAUGCAGAGUUUGUCAAGGCCCAGGCAAAUGAUGUAACUGUACCUCUUAAUUACUAUGCGGUAUUCAAAACUGUGCAAGCAAACAUUCCUAAAGACUCUAUAAUUGUGAGUGAAGGGGCCAACACCAUGGACAUUGGACGUGGCUUGUUACUUAAUAACGAACCUAGGCAUCGUCUGGACGCAGGAACAUUUGGAACUAUGGGAGUGGGCCCUGGGUUCGCUGUAGCUGCCGCUAUGUGGUGUCGAGACCAUGCCCCGAACAAGCGAGUUAUUUGUGUUGAAGGAGACUCCGCUUUCGGUUUUUCUGGUAUGGAAAUUGAAACCAUGUUCCGUUAUAAGUUGCCAGUUAUAAUUAUAAUUGUGAACAAUAAUGGCAUAUACAGCGGGUUUGAUAAGAAUACCAUGCAAGAACUCCAGUCACAUGGUGAUGUUGCACGAAGCACUCCACCAACUGCAUUGAGCACAGAAGUUCAAUAUGAGAAGAUGAUGGAAAUGUUUGGGGAAACUGGAUACCUUUGCCGCACAGUCCAAGAGAUUGAGACAGCAAUAAAAAAAGCUGUGACAAUUGUGGACAAACCCACUAUUAUAAACAUUCUUAUUAGUCCUCAUUCCAAUAGAAAACCGCAAACAUUCAACUGGCUCACUGAAUCUAAACUG